AUGAUAGAUCAAAAUUAAGAAAUCUAAGAGUCCAAUCAAUCUAUCUAGUAGUUAGAGGCUGAAAAAUAGGAUAAAAAAGAAGAAUAAAUAACUUCAAAAUAAUUCGGAUUAAAACUCAAUAAAUAUUUUGCUUUAGGAUGCAGUGUUAGUAUAAUCUGGUAUAGCUAUAAGAUAUAUGAUACUAGCUUUAAAAGAUCUCACCUUUAAAAAUAGUUGGUGUAUUCGCCAUCAAUAAUAUAAUAAUCAAACAAGAAGCUGAAUGAGUACUUAAAUAAUCUCACUUCUUAAAUUAAAGACUUUCUUUCUUAUACAGAAGAGUAAAAUUCACUAGAUAGCUAUCAAAUUUAUAGCAAAAUUAAAGAAAAGUUGUAGGUCUUAGAUGCAGGAUUGUAAAAAUCUAUGAAAACUAUAGAUGAUUCUAUAUAGAAAUAUUAUUAGUUAGACACCCAAUCAGAAAAGGAGCAUAUCCCUAUAACUUUUAUAAAGGAGAAUGGCUAAACUACUGUUAGAAUUAAUAGUAUUUUAGUUAUGGGUAGACUUGGAUAGCCAGAAAAUAGCCAAGAAUUUUUGUUAAAUGCUGAUUAAUCAGAGUAUCUGAUAUACAAAAAGAAUUUUAAAGAAAAACUCUUUAUUAAUAACAUGCUCCAAAGUAGAUAAAAUCCGAUUCAUGAUGUAAAGGAAUAGUGGGUUAAUUCGUUCUAGUUAUACGAUACAUAAAAAGAUAUGAAAGUUUUAGUUAAUAACUUUUCAAGUUAAACUGUCAUAACAGAAGAUUGCUUAGACCAUAUUUAUAAUUUAAAAGAUAUUAUGAAAUUAGAAAAAGAGCUCGGAAUAUUAUUUGCUUGUUCAUUGCUUUUAUCUCCCUUUCCUUUUUAUAAUGGAAUUUAAAUAGGAGUUCAAGAUAGUGAACUUGGUAUAAAAGCAAGAGGAAUAUUUUGUCUUCUUGGAGACUUAGUUUUUGAUUCAAAAUCAUAAUCAUUUAGAAUGGAAAAUCCUUAAUUUAUAGCUAGGUCUAAAUAAGCCAUAAUUGAAUAUCUUAAUUAUAAUAUAAAGUUUUACUAAGGAAAGCUGAAAAUGGCAAUUUAUGGUUUAGCAUUAAGUGGAUUAAUAUAUUAUACUCUAACCCACAAGCAAAAAGUAGCUUCUGUUUACUAAAAUAUUAAGCAACGUAUUAAAAAGGGACUACUUUAUAUAUAUAAUAAUAUUUUAUGA